GGAGCUUACAGGAGGCACUUAGGGGGUGAAGGGAGAGAGAAAGCUGUUUGCAUCUUGACUGCUCAACAUGAUAUACUAACCCAGAAGUAACAAGAUCAGUUGAAGAUUGGAGUCAUUGAGUUACAGGGAUCUGAAAAGUAGCUGUUGGACAUCAGGCUUCCUCUCUCCUCACUGGACCUCGAAUAUCAGUGCUUUUUGUCAUUUUUUUUGUUGCAGAAAAUAAUAAUGAAGACACGUUCAGGGACCUAAAUGUGCAGUUGCUUGAAGGGCACAUCGUAACGUCUGCUUCACCUGGAGUUCCAAAAAAGAAAAUACACAAAUCAAAGUAUCCACAUUUUGACACCUACUGUCAGGAUGUGGUCUUGUAUGACAAACUUCUUCACCUAUGAAACCACGAAGUCGGUGGUUGUGAAGAGCUGGACCAUCGGCAUUAUCAACCGUGUUGUUCAACUUCUCAUCAUCACAUACUUCAUUGGGUGGGUAUUUCUCUAUGAGAAGGCCUAUCAGGUGAGAGACACAGCCAUCGAAUCCUCAGUGAUGACCAAGGUCAAAGGUUUUGGGAUCUACAACAACAAGGUCAUGGAUGUUGCCGACUACGUCACUCCAACACAGGGAGCCUCAGUCUUCUGCAUUAUCACCAAACUGAUUACUACAGAGAACCAAGUCCAAGGAUACUGUCCUGAGAGUGAGAAGAAGUAUGUUUGUACCCAUGACAGCAACUGUACGAAGAACCGCAAUAGGCCAGGAAGUUAUGGAAUUCUUACAGGGAGAUGUGUUCCUUUCAACACCACCAUCAAGAUGUGUGAGAUUAAAGGGUGGUGUCCUGCUGAGAUCGACACCAUAAAGACGACGCCAAUGAUGGAAGUGGAGAAUUUCACCAUCUUCAUUAAGAACAGCAUUCGAUUUCCAUACUUCAACUACACCAAAGGGAACUUCCUUCCUAAUAUCACUGCUGACUACAUCAAAAAGUGUAGCUUUGACAUGGACAACAACAUCUACUGCCCCAUCUUCAGAGUGGGAGACGUUGUCCGCUACGCCCAGCAGAACUUCACCAAACUGGCUCACCAGGGAGGGGUGAUUGGAAUAAAGAUUGGCUGGAUGUGUGAUCUGGACAAGGCGGAUGACCAGUGCAACCCCUCUUACUCGUUCACCCGACUGGAUGCCAUGUCACAGAAGAACAUUGUCUCUCCGGGCUACAAUUUCAGGUUUGCCAAAUACUUUAAGAUGGAAAAUGGAACCGAUUAUCGCACUCUGGUCAAAGCCUACGCUAUUAGGUUUGACGUUUUGGUCAAUGGAAACGCUGGAAGGUUUGACAUGAUCCCUACGCUCAUUAACAUGGUGGCAGCCUUCACAUCAGUGGGAGUAGGUACAGUGCUGUGUGACAUCAUACUGCUGAACUUCCUGAAAGGCGCAGAGCAAUACAAGGCCAAGAAGUUUGAAGAGGUGUCGGACAGCCCAAUGGAACUACAGAGCAACGGGUUGUAUCGCUCCCAGUUGUCACUCAGACAAACCAUGAUGAGGUCCAGCGACUCAGGGGCGUUUUCUAUUGAACACUACAGCUGAAUGAACAUGUUUUUAUUGAUUUAACUGAAUAAUAGUUCUCCUUACAUACUACACUGUACAAUACAGUAACUCUGUGAUUAUGUUAAUACCAAAAAGCAUUUGAAGAACCUUGAACUGUUGCUACGUAGUGCUAAUCUAACACAAAACAACUCCAGACGAGAACAAAUACUUAACAAAAGAAGACAAAACCAUGGUUGUCUUUGCAUGGCAACAUAUCUGUAGCCCAUGUUACACUGAAGCAGCAAUAAACCAGACAGCUGGCAUGAAUUGGUCCACAUCAGGAGUGUCCAAGUCAUUCUAGUUCAGGUUCCACAUUCAGCCCAAUUUGAUCUCCAGUGGACCAGUUUUUACUAUAUGAUCAACAUGACAAAAGAUAAAAAAAGACAAAAAAACAACUAAAGCAAGACAAAAUAGUGUGAAAAUGAAACACAAAACGACAAAAAAUUAGACAAACAACACAAAAUUAAACAACAAAGAGAAAAAAAUUGACAAAAAAGUCAAUUUUUUUGUCGACAAAUUUGCACAAUUUUUUGUGCAUCGACAAAAAGUGGACAAACGACAAAAACAAGACAAAAAACAAACACAAAAUGGCACGCAAAACAACAAAUAAAGCAAAAUGACAAAAGCAAGCGAUGAACGACAAAAAACAAGAAAAACAAGACAAAAUAUUACAAAAAUGAGACACAAAAUGACAAAAAAUUUGACAAAACAUGAAACAAAAUAAAAAAAGACAAAAAAUUUGAAAAAAAUUUAAAUGGUAAACAAUGGACAAACAUCAAAAAUGAGACAAAAAACACAAAACGACACGCAGAACAAUGAAUAAAGCAAAACACGAAAUGACACAAAUGAGACAAAACCACAAGCGAGACAAAAAGGAAACACAAAACAACAAAAACAUGAGACAAAUGACAAAAGUCAGACAAAAAACAACUAAAGCAAGACAAAAUAUUACAAAAAUGAGACACAUAAUGACAAAGAAAUUGACAAAUGACACGAAACACAACAAAAAAAGACAAAAAAUUCAACAAAACAGUUACAAAGAGACAAAAAAAUGGACAUACAACAACCCCCCCCCCCCAAAAGAAAAUACGGUAUGCAAAACAAUGAAUCAAGCAAAACACAAAAUGACAAUAAUAAGACAAAAACCACAAGCAAGAAAAAAACGAAACACAAAACGACAAAAACGAGAAACAACACGACAAAAACAUGAAACAAAAGUCAGACAAAAAAACAACAAAAAACAACAAAAACAAGAUAAAAUAUUACAAAAAUAAGACUCAAAAUGACAAAAGAACAAUGAACAAUCUAGUAUUUUACUUUCUGAUCCAAACAACUUGUCAUGGUCUAGAAAUGAUUUUAAAUUUAUAGUUUUACUAAUUUACAAUCUGCAGUUAAUGUCUUCUGUGGAAUUUUUACACUUUGAGGGCCGGAUUGGACCCUCUGGAGGGCCACUUUUGGCCCACGGGCCUCAUGUUGGACACUCCUGGUUCACAUGGCCGUCUUCAGUAGCUCUUUUGUAUCUUCUGUUCUGAUGCAUUUACUCUGCGUAGUCGAGAUGGAUUUUGGUUUGAUUUGAUAAAAGCAUGACCCACAGAAGUAUCCUAACUCUGAAUUUUCUACAAUGGAAUCAUUAAAGCUUUUGUUUUUGUAAUAAAAACACAGUCAUGCAUUUUGGUUCUUUCCUAAAUUUAUUAAAGGUUGUCUGGAAAUAUGUUAAAAUCUGCUGGAUCAAAAAUAAAGCUUCUGGUUGUAUCUUUUAAUCAACACAGAAAAAAAGAGAAUGUACAAAACAUGAUGGAUUUCCAUAUGGACAUAUACAAGUAUGACAUGAUGACUAAAUACAUAUGUGACGUGAUGAAUUUAAAUAUGUAUAUGUACACAUAUGACAAUAAAUGUCCAUGUGGAUAUGUGCA